GAUAGUGAAGCAAAGUGAGGAGCUCUAGAGAGAGAAACAGUUUUUCUAGAGAGAGAAAGUCUCGCAUUUUUUUGCCCUUAAAGUUUUAGAGAGAGAAAGUGAAAGCCAAAAGAAAUCGAAGAUCUCCACAAAAUCAGAGCUGGAAACCCUAACCUUAACUCUAUUUCUCUCUCUAGAAAUCCCUCUCUCUAUCUCUCUGUGUAUAUGGCGCUGUAUAGAUAUAUGUUUCUGUAUGUAUAGGUCUUUGGAUCGAGAAAAAGAUUCGAUAAAGGUUCGUGCUUUAACCUAAUUUCUUGUGCUUUAGUUCUGUUUUUUUUUUUUGCCCAUAUUGAAUUUCUAUGUGUGUUGGGUUGAUUUGGGAAUGAAAUUAUGGUUUUUCUCUGGGGGUUGUGGUUAUAUAGGAAACCCUAUUUUGGGGUUUGAGGGGAUUAGGGUUUUAAAAGUGGGAAUUUUGAGGAAAUUAGGGCUUUAAAGAGGGAUUGGGAGAAAAUUAGGGUUUUAAAGGGGAAGGUUAGGGUUUUUGGGUGGUACAUGUAUGGCUUCUGGGAGUGUAGUAGAAGCAGGAAAUGAAGGAGGAGAAGUUAGAGAGAAACAAAGGUAUACAGAGAGUAAGGUUUACACCCGAAAGGCCUUUAAAGGACCCAAAAAGAACAGCCUCACCGGCAGCAGCACCAACAAUAACACCGCCACCACCACCGCUGAUAACAAUAACAGUAACACAAACCUAACCACCACUAGCACCGCAGCUGCUGGCAACAACAACGUCAACACCACAGCAACCACUGCCCCUUCUGCAACUGAAACCGCUACUGUUCCAACCACCACUUCCACUGCUGCAACUGAAACUGCAGCUGCUCCAGCCACUCUCUCCACCACUGCAACUAAAAAUGCAACUGCAGCAGCAACUACGACUGCAACUGCAAAUGAAACAAGGGACAGGGACAACAACGAGAAGGAGUUACUUGAAGUGCGAGAAUCAGAACCUGUAGUGGUAGACAACACGAACACUGCCCAGCAAGUGCAACAGCCUGUUUCUCUCUCAAUUGUAGUUUCUGAUGCUUCCAUCAGCCUAAAUCGGCAGGAAGUUCAGGAGGUGGUGCCUGGUGUGAGAGAGAAAAUUGUGGAGAGGGGACAAGCUGUGGGGAAUGGGGUGUUUCUGAAGGAAGGGCUGGAUAACAAGGUGAAGGUGGAUUUGUUGUCACGGUCAAAGCAGGAGAAGAGGGAGCUCAAAAAGAAGUUGGAGAGUGAGCUUGCUUUGGUUAGGGGUUUGGUGAAGAGGAUUGAGGCUAAAGAAAUGCAGCUUGGUGUUGGUAGGUUGAGUAAUUCACGGGUGGUGUUGGUGAAUGAUAGGGUUGACAAUAGAUUGACGAGGGUUAAUUCAGAAGUGGGAUCAGUGGGUGUUCCCCGUGAGAGUACUACUAUUCUUACUUCUACUCCUAGGCAGUCUAGGCCCUUGAAUCAGCUUAGUAUAUCGGUGAUAGAGAAUAGCCAGGGUGUGGGUGAGUUUGUGGAGAAAGAGAAGAGGACACCAAAAGCAAAUCAGUUUUAUAUGAAUUCAGAGUUCUUGCUUGCAAAAGACAAGUUUCCGCCAGCUGAGAGUAACAAGAAGUCGAAAUUGAUUGGGAAGAAGCAGGGGGCAGGGGAAUCUGGAUAUGGGUUUGGGACAAGCACUAAGAUUUUCAAGAAUUGCAGUACGUUGCUUGAAAAACUGAUGAAGCAUAAGCAUGGUUGGGUGUUUAAUACUCCUGUUGAUGCGAAGGGUCUUGGUUUGCAUGAUUACUUUACCAUUAUCAAGCAUCCAAUGGACUUGGGCACGGUGAAGUCCAGGCUGACCAAGAAUUGGUACAAGUCCCCAGAAGAGUUCGCAGAGGAUGUGAGACUUACAUUUCACAAUGCUAUGAAGUAUAACCCGAAAGGGCAAGAUGUUCACGUAAUGGCAGAGCAGUUAUUGGAUACAUUUGAGACCAAGUGGGCUGUUAUAAAGUCGGAUUAUGAUCUUGAGAUGAGGUUUGCUGCCAGUUAUGAGGUGAGUAUUCCCACACCCACAUCAAGAAAGGCUCCUCCAUUUGUACCGCCCCCACUUGAUAUGAGGAGGAUUUUGGAUAGAUCAGAAUCAAUGAAUUAUCCUAUUAUUGAUACCAGAUCCAGACCCAAACCCAUCAUCACUACACCUUCUAGUAGAACCCCUGUUCCAAAGAAGCCUAAGGCAAAAGAUCCACAUAAGAGAGACAUGACUUAUGACGAGAAACAGAAGCUUAGUACAAACCUCCAGAGCUUACCUUCAGAGAAACUGGAUAACAUUGUACAGAUAAUAAAGAAGAGGAGUUCAGCACUGUCCCAACAUGAUGAUGAAAUUGAAGUGGAUAUUGAUAGUGUUGAUGUGGAGACUCUGUGGGAGCUGGAUAGGUUUGUCACCAACUACAAGAAGAGUUUAAGCAAGAAUAAGAGAAAAGCUGAACUUGCCAUUCAAGCUAGAACAGAGGCUCAGCAGAAUGUGCAGCAGAAGAUCCCAGCAUCAGUUGUGGUGGAGGCACCAAAAGUAACAAAAGCAGAUGAAAGGAACGCCUCCACUUUGUCACCUGUUCAAGUGGAGAAACAGGGAGACAAUGGAAGUAGGUCUAGUAGUUCAAGCAGCUCCAGCAGUGAUUCUGGAUCUUCUUCAAGUGACUCUGACAGUGACAACUCCUCAGCGUCUGGAUCAGAUGUAGGGAAUUAAUUGAGUACUCAAGUAGUUCCGAGGCACCAGUGGCUGAUCUUGGCUUUCCAUUUUCGUGACAGAUCUCAGAAAUUUAGGGUAGAUGGCUAUCCCCAUGUUGGUGAUAUCAUGAAUUCCGGAUUGAAUAGGAAUCUGCCUUUGGUGUACAGUGAAGUUCUCAAGGCGACUGAUUGUCCUGCCAGUGCAAAGUGGAGUCUCUCUUGUUGGAACUGGUUUCUUGAAUCUCCAUGUGGCUUAUCUGUGUAGUCUUGAAUUUGUAUAAUACCCCUUAGAAUGUGGUGAUGAUUAGAUACAGAGUGAUGAUUAGAUACAGUGGUUUGUUUCCCUCAGCAUGUGUACAUGGCUAACAACUUCUAGUCAUUUUAGUUUUAGCUACCGCCCCGUUGAUUUUGUGCUAGCAGAAGCAGGAUUCGUUGGUCUUAUAGAAGAGAUACUCUGUGAUUCAUGCUCAUGAAGUUGUUAUAAUGGCCAAUAAUUUUUCUGAA